CGCAUUGAGCGCGAAGGGCCAUGACAGAAUCACCAUUCGUCUUCGAGGAGGAGGAGGACGAGGAGGAGGACGCGCUGGGCGGCGCCGACGACUUCUUCUUCUCGGAGGGGGCGUCUCGCCGCCGCUGCUCCAGGCUGGCCCAGAAGCGCACGCUCUCGGCGCUCGACGACGUGCCGGCAGAGCGGCUCGCUGACUGUGUGCACUCACUGAUGGCGGCGUCCAAGGGCGAGACGCUGGGCCGUGCGCAGACUGGACUGCACGCCGCGUGGUCCUCGUACCUUCAGGCCGGCUUCUCCCUCCUCGUGCACGGACUCGGCUCCAAGCGGCCGCUCCUCGAGGACUACAGCGCGCUCCUCGCCGAGAGCGGGCCCGUCUUCACGCUCCACGGGCACGCGUCCGGGGCAAGCGUCCGAGAGCUGCUGCACGACAUCUUCCACGCCCUGCGCCUCCCCGUACCCGCCGGGAACACCGCCGUGCUCUGCUCACACCUCCGUCGCGCGUGCACUGCCGCCGGCAAGGCGUCCGGGCAGGGGACGGGCGGCGGCUCGUCGCUGGCGGCCGUGCGAGGGGCGGCUUCCAUGCAGGGCCCGCACACCGCGGACGCCAUCCUCAAGCACGUGCUCAACUUGCUCCCAGCCCGCGCCGAGGCUUUCGUCACGCCCUUUGAGCCGCGACCAGGCGGCCUGGGCGGCGACAGCGAGGCGUCCGAGCCGGCGGCGGCCUCUCGGCCCGAGUGCGCGGGGGGCGACGACGAGGCCUGCCACGGGUCGGCCUCGCGCCCCUGCCGUGAUUCGACGGCUGCGCCCUCGGGUCCGCGCGUGCACGGUGCCGGCCGGGGCAAAAGCUCUGCGGGUGGCAGGGCCAAGGGGCCCGUGGGAGGCCGGGGCGGCGGCGAGCACAAAAACGAAGGGCCGCCGGCAGCCGCGGCGGAGACGCCGAGGGGGGCGAGCGGUGGCGGCAAGAAGACUUGCGGCACUCCGGGCUGCACCUUGCCCGACUUUCACCUCGGGCCUUGCUCGACGGAGCGCUGCUCUAUGCCGAUCGUGGACGCCGCCGACACGGGCGGUCUGCCGGGCAAGCGGCUCCGCCGCAACAGAGAGGACGCGGCGCUCGACCGGCUCGAUUGGGACGGCGCGGCUCCCGCCGCCGGCGCGAGGGGCCCGAACGGCGCGGCGGCCGCCGCCGCUGCUGCCGGCCGCGUGCCGCCACACCUCUACUUGGUCGUGCACGGCAUGGACGCCCCGUCGCUGCGCUCCGAGGCGAGCCAGAGCGUGCUCGCCGCGCUCGCCGCGCUCCCACAGGCGCGGCAGCUCAACGCGGUGUGGGUGGAGGCCUCGACGGGAGCGCCGUCAUGCACCGAAAGCCUGGACACGGUGCACACGCUGCUCGAAAAUUUGCAGGACGGCGCGCACUCGGGGGAGGGGCGGUCGGCGCAGGUUGUGCUCGAUGCGCUCACCGCGAACGCACGGCAGGCCUUCCGCGUGCUGUUGCAGCACCAGCUGGCGGAGCCCAAGUCGGCCGGCCUCUCCUUCCAUCAGCUCUACGCGGACUGCCGUGCGGAGCUCUGCGUCUCCUCUGAGGCGGCCCUCAAGGGCCACGUAACCGAGUUCACGGACCACCACCUCGUUCGCACGCGCCGCGGCGCCGGCGACAAGCAGUGCUACUUUUGCACGUUGCCGCGCGAGCUCAUGGAGCAGAUCGUAAGCAGCGGAGGGUGA